UGGUCCAAUGGUUUGACUAAGGGUUCAUGUAAUGCUUCUACAUCUGGAGGUCUGGGGUUCAAACCCCAGAAAAUACCAAAUUAUGCAGUUUAUGGAGAAACAGAUUACAGGAGAUCUUCAGCUUGGUGCAUGGCGUACCAUCGAACAUGGAUCUCAUAGGACGGCUCGGAGAGGUGCAGUUAGGCGUGUAUUCUCACAAGAUAGUAGAAUUCUCGGUUGUAUAAUCGUCUUUGUAAUAUUCUCAUCAUUGUAAUAGCAUAAUUAAUCGAUAAUAAUCGAUCCAGACGUUCAAAAAAAAACUAUGAAAGAGUCCAAAAUUUAAAUGAGAAUUUCAAAUAGUAGCAGAUAAUCCUGAAUCAAUAGAUUAGAUAAGUUACAGCAACAUGUGAGCGGUACCGUUAGCAUUUUUUGACAUUUUUGGUUUCAGUGUUCGAAAGCACUUGCGCGAAAACACCAUUUUCAUCUCCCGCCGCACCUUCCCUCCUUUUUUUUGUUCUGUUUUGUGUUUUACUUUUUUCCAUCUCUUCCUCCCCAUCUCAUCUAACCACUCCAAACCUCUCUCUCUCUCUCAACCUUCACUAUGCAGCCUCAGCCUCACAUCUCCCCAACCUCCGCCCAAGCCGCCAUCUCCGCCGCGCUUAAAUCCCAGCGACUCCGCAAAAACCGCGGAAGCUACAGCUGCGGCCGAUGCGGCCAACCCAAGAAAGGCCACGUCUGCCACCUCCACGUCCCCGCCACUCCGAUCACCUCAAUCUCCGCCGCCGCCGCGUCCUCCUCCUCCACCCGUCCCCCCGCGCCGCCUCCCGUGCGUCAGCCUUUCGCUCACCUCCGCCGCCGCCGCCGCGCCUUAUCUUUCGACGACGACGACGAUUACGCGAGCGAUUCUCUGGAUCUGGAUCUUGAUUUGGAUUCGGACGUUGUUCAGCCGGGGAGGUUCCACGCGGCGGGACUGUGGGAGGUGCUUAAGAGGCUGCCUCCGUCUGGGUUGCUGAUGGCGGCUAGGGUUUGCAGAGGCUGGAGAGAGACCGCGAGGAAGAUGUGGAAAGCCGCUGAGGAGCUUAGGAUUAGGGUUCCCGUGAGUGCUCGGAUUGGUUACGUUGGAUCUUUAUUGCAUAAGUGUCCUUCACUCCUUACACUCUCACUUAAAAUCGAGAGUGAUUUUGACGCGACGACUCUGGCCUGCAUUGCUUUCUCUUGUCCCAGUCUUGAGGUUUUGGAGAUUUCAACUUCUGGUGCAGCUGCCAAUAGGAUCUCUGGGGAUGAGCUUGGUCGCUUUGUUUCUGAUAAGCGUGGACUUAGAAGCCUUAAGAUGGAAGGGUGUUCCAGCUUGGGAGGAUUUUCCCUCACUUCAACAAGCCUCUCCACUCUUUGGCUUGCCCAUCUUCAUUCUCUCUCUAACAUGGUCUUCAACUGUCCAAAUCUGAUAGAGAUAUCACUUGAGUUUUCUUGCCAAGAAGAUGAUUCAACUGAUCUUGUAACAAUGGUUGAUGGUUUGGGAAGGACUUGCACUAGAUUACAGAACAUUCACAUAGCCUCUCUGAAGCUUUCACACACUUUUGUACUUGCUCUUACUUCUGUGAAUUUCAGGGAUUUGAGAAUGCUCUCCCUAGUUUUUGGAAUAGAUAUCACUGAUGCAUCUGUAGCUGCCAUUUCCUCAAGUUACACAAACUUGGAACUGCUUGAUCUGAGUGGAUCCAGCAUUACUGAUACUGGUCUUGGGAUGAUCUGCGAUGUCUUACCUGAUACACUCUCAAAAUUACUUGUUGCUCUUUGUCCCAACAUUACAUCAAGUGGCAUUCAGUUUGCUACUGCUCAACUUCCUCUUCUUGAUCUGAUGGAUUGUGGCAUGACUGUGUCUGAUCCCAGUUCAGAUAAUCCGACCUCUUCAGAGAAGAGUUCGACUUCGCAAAAAGCACCAGGCUACAAUCAGAAGAUGUUUAUUAAACAUAAACAGUUGAAGAAACUCAGUUUGUGGGGAUGUUCCAGUUUGAACGCUUUGUUCCUAAACUGCCCAGAGCUCAAGGACUUGAAUUUGAACUCGUGCAGCAAUUUGCAAGCUGAGAGUUUGGUGCUCCAGUGUCCAAAGUUGGAACUUGUGCACGCAUCAGGAUGUCAAAACCUACUAAUAGGAGCUAUCCGAAAACAGGUUUCUGAGAACUUUGCUGCUGGUGAAAACCACAUUCCACGGAAACGCUUGGCUGAUGCGUCGAAAAGGAUUCAGGCUCCACCUUCCGUAUACCAAGAGACAAGAGAAGAUGAGAAUAAUCCAGGGAAGAAGAGAAGGAAGGUUGAGAGAGAAGUGUGUACCAUUAUACAUUAAUAACGAACUCUCUAUCAAUAAUACUCAUCUUGGACUCGUUCUUCUUCCAACUCUAUUUUAUUGUACAUCUGAUCAUGUUGGAUUACGUCUGUUGUGGUUUAUUACUUAUGAACUUAUACAUGUUUAAUCUUUGUUUUCUAAUUAGCUUGAAUAGUUACAUGUUUAAUUAACUUUCCUUGUCUGAAAAUUUCAAUCCUAUUGAUAGGUUUAUUGUUC